GUGUAUGUGUGUGUCUUCUCAGUGCGUACGUGAGUGCCUGUAGCUGCGAGUGGGGCUCCACUUGUAGAUGUGCUCCCUCUGAGAGCGGCCGGCGUGGGAGGAAAAGGAUUACAAGGCGGAUAAAGAAGGUCUUACAACCUCAGGGGAAUUCCUAGUGCAGCAUAUUAGGAUUUUCCAGACUCAGCUAUGGCUGAACGUCCGGGUGAAGACAUUUCACUCGAGACACGGGGCGAGAUAGGUUGUGUUUGUGUAGACUGUCUCUCCACAUCUUCCGGGCACCGUCUCACUGCUCGUGCGAGACUACCCAGGAGUCGACCAACUUCGACAGAGAGAAACCAAAGACCUUCAAAGGAAACCCGAGAGUCUUCUUCAGCUAGCAGUGCUGAAUUUGCCUUCUUUCACUCAGCAACGAAAAAUAUAGAGGAAACACCAGGCCUGGGGGGUGCUGUUGAAUCUGCAUAUGAGGACGCGAUGAGUCUUCCAGGAUCGCGAGACGUCUCAGGUGGUUCGCGCAACUGGAAGACUUCCUGGUGCCAGCAUCAUGCCUACCUGGUGCUUUUCGUGGUCGUUCUCCUGUCUCUGCCCUCGAGCUUUGCCUUCAACGUCGACCUUGACACGGCCGUGGUGCAUGAGGGUCAAGAAGACAGCAUGUUUGGCUAUGCCGUGGCGCAGCACAUAGACCAGUCGACAAACUGGUUGUUGAUAGGAGCACCAAGAGCACAGACGUCCCAGCCUGGAGUAACGAGAGGUGGCGCUGUGUUCAGGUGUAAAACUGACCGUAAAAACUCCUGUCAGGAGAUUCCGUUUGAUUCAGAAGGGAACAACAUCAAGUUCGUCCAAAGUUCGAAUUCUUAUAUGCCCAUAGAAGACAAGUCCAACCAGUGGUUUGGAUCAACAAUCGAGAGUUCUGGAGAAAACGGAGUUAUUGUGGCUUGUGCUCCCCGGUACGUGUAUUUCUCACAGUCCUUGGAUAAGAGAGAGCCUGUGGGCAUAUGCUAUGUGGCCAAAACCUCCACCACAAAGUAUGAAAAGUAUGCACCGUGCAUGACAGCUGUCGACCGCGUCAGCCAUAGCGACCAAUACCAUCGACAAGGUUACUGCCAGGCUGGCUUUUCUGCUGUGUUUUCCAGUGACGGACGGCGUCUUCUGAUUGGUGCUCCUGGCAGCUGGUACUGGCAAGGACAACUUUACAAUUACAAGACAGAAGACGGCGGAAAAGUUUUUGCCUCCACCCCAGAGGGCGAGCCUAAAGAUGACAACACUUACCUGGAGAAACUUCAGAAACCAGAAGAGAGACAUACUGGACGGUUCAUUCAGUGGAUCACGUUUUGGAAUUGCACUUAGUGGUUUGGGCGACAUCAAUUAUGAUGGAUAUGAUGAUCUGUGUGUUGGGUCACCCUAUGCUGGAAAAGACAAAAGGGGAGCUAUCUACAUCUAUCACGGCUCAAAGAAGGGCAUCAUUACCGAAGCUUCUCAGAUCAUUUAUGCCAAAGAUGUGGAGCCGUCUCUGCGAACUUUUGGAAUUUCAAUAUCUGGGGGUUGGGACCAGGAUGGCAACUCUUACCCUGACAUGUUGGUAGGAGCCUAUGAAUCGGACAAAGCAGUUUUUUUGAGGACCAGACCAGUGGUUCGGGUUUAUGCAAGUCUGAAGCUUCAGCCGGAAAAUAUUAAUUUGGACUCAAAAUCAUGCUCUUUGGCGGACAACACAAGAGUACCUUGCCUGACUGUGUACACCUGUAUUGAAUAUAAUGGAGUGGGAGUGCCAGAUGAGUUGUAUUUUGACAUUUCAUGGGUAUUGGAUGCAAGAGAGAACAACAGCUCUGCUCAGGAGCAGCGAGCCUUCUACACCAAUAGCAUCAACAAGUUCACAGAGACGAAGACGCACAAACUGCAGAAGAAAAACACAUUCUGCACAAGUUCCUAUGCGUAUGUCACGAGUGAUCCUGCUGACAAACUGAGUCCUAUCAAGGCCACUCUGGACUUUAAGCUCAACGAAGACGGGCUCUUGUCCAGGAGAAGACGUGAACUGCCACCUAUCCUUGAUGCAUACAUUCCGACUACUACAUCAUUUACAGCUCAGAUUUUGAAAGACUGUGGCCCAGACAACAUUUGCAUUCCAGAUCUCCAAGUUAGGUCUAUUAGAGUUUCAUCUGCUCAUGUCAUUGGAAGCACUGGAACUUUGGAAGUUUUGAUUAUUGUUGAUAACAACGGUGAAGAUUCCUUCAAUACUAAGCUUUGGAUCAACCUCCCCCCUGGUGUGACUUAUGACACCAUCUCGAACCAGAGGUCUCCAGUGCCUAUCAGCUGUGGACCUCUUGAAUCAGACAAGAAGAUUGUUGUCUGUGAUCUGGGUAACCCAAUGAAGAAAAAUACUGGGGCUGAGUUUACACUCAACCUGAUACCUACAAACACAAAUGAUACGAAAGACAGAUUUGUGUUCACCUUGUAUGCCAAUAGUUCAAACCCAGAGAAAGGAUCCAGCUAUGAGAACAACUAUGACAGUGUAGAAAUCCCUGUGACUGCCACUGCAGAAAUUGCUCUUUUUGGCAAAGCAAGUCCUGAGCUAAUUGUCCUGAAUACAACUGAUCCUAAAACAGAAGAUGAAGGUCGUUCUGUAAAGCAUGUUUUUCAGCUGCUUAAUCAAGGACAGAGUGCUAUCAAUGUGACGGAGCUGCAGAUCAGAUGGCCUAGUUAUGAUUUCCAAGGGAAUCCCGUUCUCGUUAUUGAUGGAAUCCUUUCCACAGAGGGCAAUGGAAAAUGUGAAAUCAUUAUCAUUACCCCAAGCAAUGCUACAAACUAUCAAGGCUGGGCUGGCAGCAGUACAAAUGUCGUUCUCAGUAAUGACAGAGACUCUCGGAAAUACAAACGGAAUGCUGACUCUCAGAAAAUUGCGUGCUCUGAGAGAUAUUGCACAAUUAUCCAGUGCCUUGUUGGAUACAUGGAUCCUUACCAAAGCUUUGUAAUAACAGUCAGUUCCAAACUGAGGGCAAGAAGCUUCAUAAAGAGGAGGCAAGAGACCCAGAUGUAUCACAUUACAUCAAUAGCACAUGCCAGAGUGAGAUCAGUGCCUUAUGAUUUUGAAACUGUUGACGUUUCCAAAUUUGAAACGAAGAGAUUGGAGCUUGUUACGAAAGUGAAUACAGACAGGCUGCGCCCAGCAAGCAAAGGAGUUGAGUUGUGGGUUAUAGUUGUAGCUGUUAUUGCUGGACUCCUGUUCCUGUUGUUACUUAUAUUGCUGCUGUGGUGGUGUGGAUUUUUCAAGAGGAAGAAGCCUGAGGAGGAAGGAUACUUUGUCGUCAACGGCAAAUCUGAUAUUGAUAAUAAAAUAUUUGAAUAAUUUUAUGAUGUGUCCAAAUUGCCUUGUUUCAGAACAACUGCCUUCUUUAGGCAAAUUGGGACAUUAUCUAAGUCCUUUAAGAGUUGACUGCAUUAUCAUACUGGUUUAGAUACGAUCUUUCACAAGCAAUGAUUGUAAAACAGUUGCGCCUAAUGUGUUUUGCUACAGAGAGAAAAAUCUUGGAAAACCAUCAAUCAGUUAUCUGAUGACAGUUAACAUAAUAAUCGUUCUGUAGUUUUUGCAGCCUGUCAAGUUUAGUUAUACCAGUAUUUUGAAACUAAUGUUACCUACAUACCCCUGCCUUCGUUUAUUGGACACUGAGCGCUUAAAUUGCAGUUCUGCAGAGCCUUUCUACCCAUCAGAGGGUUAAGAAAUUCUUUUGUACUUUAAACCUUCAAGACAUGUUUGAACCUACUUUUAGAAGGAAAAGUGUUAAAAAGAGUUUUUUUGCUAACGCUUUUGUCUUUAUGGGACAUCAUGACAUUGGUUUUUACAGCGGGGAACAUAAGCCACAAAUGUGAUGGGUUGAUGUGUUAUCAAAGGCGCCAUAGUGGACUUAAACCCUUGAGAUAUCUAGAAUGUGGCAAAUAUAGUAGUCUGGUGUACCCAUAAGUAAUUCUCUGUAAUCCUAGAAAACGGAAGAAAUAACAAUAGUGUUCGCGGCUGUAUGUGAAAAAGGCAUUACUUUUUUUUAGGACUUACGGAAAAAGCCAAAUGAUUUCUAUAUACUUUAAUUUUUUAACAUACACCACUCCAACACUGAUGGCAGGUAAAAAUAUAAGUGACCAAGACUUGGACAUAUCAGCAUUAUACAAGUAUACUUCCAUUGAGCCUUGUGUUAGGCUAAACUUUAUGUUGAAGCAUAUUGCAAAAAAUUGUAAGUAUAUUGCUAAAAGAGUGUUCAAAUACAAAUUAUAUUAAACAGCCAAAAAUUUGUGCCACAACUGAUAAGAGUACACUGUGACUAUAGUAUAAGGUGCAAUGUGAAAAUGUCAGGUCUUCUUGCCAUCUGAUGGUGUUUAUAUUUCUCAUAUAUUACGUAAAUCCAUGACUCAAAGAAACAGGUUUUCUUUCUUUCUGAUUCAAUUUUACACAAGUAACUUUUGCUGUUUUUCAUUCACAGUGAAUUUGACUGCUGUAUACUUAUGUUCAGUAAUAUGCAAUAAUAUUUUGUACUACCAAAAGUGACUUCUGUGCAUUUUAUUUAUAUUGUUGGUUUAUUUGAUCAGAGUCUGUUUUAUAGUUUUCUUUUUGCAAAAAGGGAAUUACUAGGAAAACAUGUGUUUGUGUGUUGCAUGCACACUUUGUGUAGAGUGAUUGACUGACAAAUGAGAAUCACAAUGAGUUUAUAGAGGUUUUCUAUUUGAAUUUCAUCAAUAUAAGUGGAUGUUGCUGUUUGAGAUAUUUGAUAUGUGCAACUUUGCAAUAAUUAAAAUUGUAAUAUCAGGAAAAUUUGUCAGCAUUAUAUCAAAAGUAUUUUUUUGGUUGAAAGAAAAAGCUAACUUGCAAAGAAAUCCGUUAAUUAGAUACUUUUGCUGUUUUGCGUGUUAUUGAUGCUUUCUCUUGUUAGUGUUGUGUUCUCUGUUAAACUGUCUCUUUGUAUUUGAUAUAUGAUAUUUAAACUGGUGUGUAUAUAUUCAAAUGCCACAUUAAUCAAAGGUCUGUUAUAAAGUGCUGAUUAGUCAUUUUAGCUUGAAAGGUUAUGAUGUGGAGUGAGGUGAAGAAUGGUCGUGUUUAUUUAUAUACAACUGAAGAAACAGAACAGUAUGUACUGUGUGGUUGCAUAUCCAGGAUGCUGUGGAGAUGAGCAUUGUGGAUGAUGGUUGCAAUAAUAGCAAAGCCAUACCCUGUCAGUGUAUUGAGUGUGCUGUGAGAGUUUUCAUCUGUUUACUGUAGAGGAAACAGGACAUUACCACUUCUUCUUUCUUCCUGCUGUGUUAGAAAUGAUUGGAUGUGAAAGUCAUUGUUUUGUCACAACUGCAGAAGCUUCAUUAGAAAAGUAAAUCAUUUUAUGAAUCGUGGCUGAAAGCAGAGGAAGAGACCGAAACCCUAUGUUGAGGGCAUGAAUGAAUGAGCCAUUUGAUGCCUGUCUGUGUGUAUAUUGUAGCCCUCAUUCAACAGUGUAGUAGGUCAAAAUUUUGAAAAAAUAUGGAAAUAAAGUAGACCUUUGCUGUCUAGUUCGAUAAGGCAUAUAGAUUGGUCCUUGUCUCAUUCUUCUUCUCCUGAAAACCUCGUAUUUUGAAUACGACAAUGAUGAAUGGUGGCGACGAUAUGGGUAUGUUGUUGUGAAUUUAACAUUUAAGUUUGUUGAUUGAUUUGUUGGGUGUUUACUUGAAUGUGAAAAUGGAGACAGUUCAUUCUAUAAUCUGAUAAAUGCACAGCAUCUAGUACUAGAUCUGAUCAAUAGUUUGAGUGAAUAACUCUGAAGAGAAAGUCAGAAAGUAGAUUGAUUGAUGUCUGUUGAUGCUGCUUUUCUCAUGGAAUGAAGUGCAUGUUGAAAUAUCUUGUGAAACUGACUCUGAGGCCCUUUUAUAGCCUCUAACACAAAAAAAUAUACAUUUCUCCUUUCCAUUUAAAAUGGAUUCUUUCAGUAUUUUUUUUAAGAUACCGAAUCAUACUGAUUAACUACACUAAAACAUUAUAAUGCAAAGUAAUUUUGAUUAAAAUUUAAUAUUUUUUUAAUGACUAAUAUACAUUUUUACCAGGUCUGAGUGAUGAACUUGGAUGAAUAGCAAUUUUAAGGAUAAAAAUAUUUUCGGACUCAAGUCUUUAUAUAAAGACUUCGUUAAAAUUUUUAUGAUAAGGCUAGUGACAAACAUCUAUUUUAAAAACAAAACUUUGAAGGAUUAUCAUUUUUUUAAAAGAACAAUUUUGGUGAUGGUGAGGAGGAUUGUCUUCACUAAAAUUCAAAUUCUUUCUUGUGUAUGUCAUGUAUAUUCCAACAAUCUGAUUCAAUUUAUGGUGCUACAUGUAUAUUCUAUUUCCGUUGACUUUGUAUUGGUGUAUGUGUAAGUUUGUCUAUGUGAGAGUGCAAGAACGGUACCAUGUUUAGUGCAUGUUGCAAAAUUUUCAAAUUUAUUGUGUAAAUCUUGAAAUAUAAAGAUAACCUUUUUGAUAGCUGAAAUACAGUUGUAUACCUUUGAACCCAGAUAUUCAUUAUUAUGUUUGUUUUUGUCAAUCUGGAAAGUGAUCUGAGGUAAUAAAUAUUAAUGCUGUGAUGGCUGUAGAAGCUAGUCGGUAACAGAAUUUUGGUAUUGAAUUUGACCAAGAGUAAAGGAUUGCUGAGUAAAGGACCAUUUCAGAACACAAACUCUGAAAUUUUUGUAAUGCUUGGAUCAAAUUUCCAUUCCCAUUUUGUGUGCAUUUUGGGAACAAAGGACAGCCUAGUCUUAAAUUAUUGCUCGCACAUUCAUAAAGACUGAAAAACCCCCAGAAGUUCUAAAAAAUUGAUAUUCUCUAAAAUAAUGUUUGCAUUUGAAAUUGUAUUAUCUAAUCUAACAUAGAUAAAAAUAUCAUUCAAAAUAUAUGGCUACGUCCACAAUCAAUGCACUAUACUGAAAAGUUUAGUCGGCCAAAAAGUAAUAUUUUCCUCAAAACUGGAUUUUUGCUUCAUACUCAUACCAAUGAUUGUUGGGAAUUGAAGAUUAACAUCACACUGCUACGACAAACUCUCUUGUAGUCCUGCCUGGAUGAUGAUGUAUGGAAGGGUUGGUGUGAUGUGUUGCUUCUUGUGUGAAUGUUGAGUUUGUACUUGGUACAUAGUUAGAGACUUUCAUGCAAAUAAAUCUGAAUAAAGUUUCAUUUUGUAUC